GUAACGGACAGACCCACACGUUGAGCUACACGGUCGAGUCGAUUGCUUGCUCUUGCUUGAUCGAUUACAAUGCAGCAAAUGCAGCAUCCGCAACCUGCAGCACCACCUGGCCAAUCGUUUGGCUUCACUCUCGAGCAAGUGGCUUGCGUAUGCGAGGUACUGCAGCAAGGACAGAACAUCGACAGACUUGCACGCUUCUUGUGGUCCCUACCGAUCUGUGAGCAGUUGAUGAACAAUGAGAGCGUCCUGAAAGCUAAAUCUCUCGUUGCGUUCCACAAAAACAACUUCAAGGAGUUGUACAACAUCCUGGAAAACAACCAAUUCUCGGUGCACAAUCACACCAAGCUGCAGCAGUUGUGGUUGAAUGCGCACUACAUCGAACAAGAGAGACUGAGAGGCCGUCCACUUGGUGCAGUAGGAAAGUAUCGAGUGAGACGAAAGUUUCCAUUGCCAAGAACGAUCUGGGAUGGAGAAGAGACGAGCUAUUGCUUCAAGGAGAAGUCUCGUGCUAUUCUGAGGGAGUGGUACACACACAAUCCUUACCCGUCUCCACGAGAAAAGCGAGAACUGGCAGAAGGAACAGGAUUGACAGUCACACAAGUGAGCAACUGGUUCAAGAACAGGAGACAGAGAGACCGAGCAGCCGAGCAAAAAGACGGGAAAGAUGGUAAAGGUGAUGGAUCUCCAAGCAAAAGGAAGAGCACUUCAAGAAACGAAGGAAGCGAUAGUGAGAAUGAUGGUCAAGAGGACAGUGGAGAGAGAGAAAUCUUGGCUCCUCUUGGCAAAGCAGCUAAACCAAAAAUUAAGAAACUAGAUGCUUCACCUUCAGAGGCACUGUCUCAUCCAGCAGUCUCACUAUCAGCGAGUUCGAGUCCCAGAGAUAUCAUGUCAAUGCAAUCUAUCAAUGUCAAGCCUGGCCAACAUCUCACACCGAUUCAAGUGUAUAGGACACAAGGAUACCAGCCUCAGACGCCAUACCCAGGCAGUCAAGCCAUGAGUCAUACAGGGUAUCACAACUACUAUGCUGGCGGUUACAGUCAUAUAGCACCAACUCACAGUCCCAACAUGGCGAUGUCGAUGCAGAUGCCACCUCAAUCAGCAGCUUUAGGGCUACAUCAUCCGCAGAUGGGAUUAUUAGCAGCAGGAACCCAGUCUGUUCACCCGUCAACAAUGAACUGCAGUCCUUACCAGACAGUGUUGCCUCAGCCCAUGCAGGGACAGAUGACAAUGAAUGAUUCUAUGAUCGGCAUGUCACAGAUGGGACUUCCAAUGCCAAUGGCUCAUCACAUGACUGACGUGGCUACGUAACUGUUGGUUUGUAUCUUUAAUAAACAAUUGGCUUAGAUUGAUUAGGGAAAGAGCUUAAUUAAACUAACAUUUUGCUCAUGCAGUUUUUAACAUAAAUGUAGUGAUCGAGCAGUGGGUGUAAGCUGUUGGCUGGGUUGCUGGCUGUUUACUUGAAGACUAUACCAAGCAUCUAACUCUAGUGUGGGGAGGUAUUUAGCUAUGAAGAUGUUUGUAAUUCAACAAAAUUUAUAGCAAUAGAAUUAUUCAUAUGUCAACGAUUGAUGCUUUGACAGUU